UGCGUACCCUUGGCGCCAAACUUCCCAGCUUUUCUCGCGGAGCGAAGUCCCGAGCCUCGCGAGAAGUGCUGUUGGCGCGCUUGGCGGCGGCCGCCGUUUGGGUGAGGAAAAAAUGUUGGAGCAAGAAGAACAUGGCUUGUUUGAAAUACCAGAUUAUGAACAUGUAGAGGAUGAAACUUUUCCUCCCUUCCCACCUCCGGGCUCUCCAGAGAGAGAUCCUGCAGAAGCUGAACCUGAUGAAGGGAGUGGAUCACCUGUUCCUGUUCCGCCAAAGAGAAUAGUUAAAAGGAAUAUACCCAAGCUAGAUGCUACGAGAUUGACUUCAGAGAGAGGGCUUCCAGCCUUAAGGCAUGUAUUUGAUAAGACAAAAUUCAAGGGGAAAGGUCAUGAGGCUGAAGACUUGAAAACGCUAAUCAGACACAUGGAGCACUGGGCGCAUAGGCUAUUCCCCAAACUGCAAUUUGAAGAUUUUAUUGACAGAGUUGAAAACCUAGGAAAUAAAAAGGAGGUUCAGACCUGUUUAAAACGAAUUCGACUUGAUCUGCCUAUUGUACAUGAAGAUUUUGUUAACAAUAACGAUGAAGUUGAGGAAACUAACAGCCUUGAUGCAGCUGCCACUGGAUUUGAUGCCUUUGUGACAAGUUCAUCUGACAGCAAGAGGUUUGCUUCUGAAGCGAGUAGAAACCUAACAGAAGAGCAGCAGCAGAGAAUUGAGAGAAAUAAACAACUGGCCUUGGAAAGAAGGCAGGCAAAGCUAUUGAGUAAUAGCCAGUCCCUAGAAAAUGAUGUGACAGUUGAAGAGAGCAGUACUGGUGAGAAUCAAGAAGAGUCAAAUGGAUUGAUCACUGCUGAUGGUCUACAUGACGUUCCUUCUGCCAGUACACAGGAAGAAGGACAAUUGGAAGCAGAGGAAACACAGCUGGACCAUCCUAACUUAGACUAAUCCAGAAAUGUUCUAAGUAGCAACCCUCUACAACAGAAUCCUACAGGCUUGGAGUUAUUUGUAGUUUUUUCUACUUUGUAUAAAUCCUUAAGUCUUAAGGCUUCUGUGGAUUCCUGUUUAAAAUACAAUGACUAUUUAAAUUGUUUCCUACUAUUUUAGUAAGUCUAUUUAUUAUUUUCGGUGUUCUGUAUAAGUCUGACUUUAUAAGCUGUUUUGUAGUUUGCAUUGAAUUGUUUCUUACUAAAUUGGGUAAUGAUUAAAAUGUAAAUAUGCACUGACUGUUAGGUCAGUUUUUAUAAAGAAAUAAAUUAUUUUGUAAGCAA